AUAAUAAAUAGGUAAAACAGUUUUAACUCACUGCACUAUCCGAGUUUUUAUAUAUUUCAUUAAGGCAAAUCUCAAUUUAUUUACUAUAUGUUUAAAAAAUUAAAGUUUGAGAAAUUAGGAGAAGGAAAGUAAUAUUAAUAGUGCUUAAUAUGUUUUACAAUUCUUUAUAUUUUCAGUUUUCAUGUUGUUCGAAUGUGUAAAAGUGUUAUAUUGUAUUUGAUCAUACAAUUUUAUAAUGUGGCAUGAAAUAUGUUAUAUACAUCACAUUUAAAAACGUUAUAUUUCUUGAAUCUAUAACUUUGAAUCUUUAUAGUCGAAACAGCAAACCAAAUAAUAACACGUUUAACCGUGUUACAUACCUAGGUAGAGUGGCACGUAACGCAACAAAUUUUAUUGCCUGCAAUUUACAAAACUAAUUGGAUUUAAAUAUUAAGAAUAAUAUGAAUUUUAUUUUUUGAACAUCCAUUAUGCAUACGUAUAUACAUAUAUGAUUGCGAUUAAUGUAAUUUUUCUUGGUUUUGCUUGAUACAUUUUAGAUUAAAAUAUUCCAAGAACUAAAGAAUUUCUAUAAACGAUGAUCGAAAGAAAAUAGAUUAUUCCAUCUAGAAUAAUUUUAGUCCAUGUCCAAGCCAACAUAUUCUUGCUGAUUUAAAGGACGAAUUAUGAAACUUUAAGGAAUACGAAAUCUUUUCUUACACAUGAAAAAAUUAAAUAUAUGAUCAUGUCGAUUUUCAAUAUACAUAUGUAUAUAUGCAAAUAUAGUACGAAAUGUACGCAAUAUAUAUAGACGAAUGAACUUUAUGAAUAUUGAGGUUACAUAAACGUAAUAUAUAUGAGUCUUAAUAUAUAUGAAUGUUAAAAUAUAAAUUUAAUUUCCUGUUCUUCUCUCAAUAGUUGAUCUUUAUAGGGGAGAUAUAAAUAGAUGUCCAAAGGACGAGAAAGAAUAUAAUUAUCAAUAAACGAAAUACCAAAGAGAAAAUUAUUCAUUCACGAAUACGAAGUAUCAAUUAACGAUUUUUAGAAAUUUCUCGACAAACAUAUACUUUUAAGAAUUAAGUACUGCAUUGUACUUAAUGAAAAUUGAUACCAAUCAAACACUUCAUCUAGCAAAAGCAACGCUAGAUGACAAAUCAAUAAGUAUUUGAAAGAUAGUUUGUAGUUAUAGCUAUAUAGCCCGAGGAACUAGGACGUUUUAUUCGAAAUUUAAAGUCGAUCAAAGAGAAAAUCGUAGAUGAAUACCGCAUGUGUCACAGAGGAAUGGAAGAUUCGUGAGAACAAUUUUCGGAAUAGCAAGGAAACGUUGGAAUGGGAAAGUACGAUAUGGUAUUUUAAAGGAUUUGAGACAAAGAAAUAAAGUAGGAAAAGAGGUAAUGAUGUUCUUAACUCUCUCCCCAAAGCGAAUUUCAGGAUUUUAUAUACAGCACGGUACAUAUGCACAAAAGAACGGGGCUUUUUCUGCGAAACACUAAACAAUCAUCGCCAUGUUUUAUCGUUAAAGUCGUUUGUGUUUGAUUUUCGGGGGAAUAAAAAGAAGAAGAAGAAGAUAAUAUUGGUUGAGAGAAAAAGGAAUCAUAAUGUUUGUUGACCACAGUAUCACCUGCAGGGGUCAGUUGUAACUAGAGUGGGGGAUAGCGAAGAGCAUUCGUGCAGGCUGGUGGUUCGCUAGUUUCGCGGUAGCGAUAACCCCCGAUGCGCGUGUGCAUGCAUGUAUUUCGAUGUGUUAGGUUUAGAUAGAUUCGCUUAUACAGGGAAAGAGAGACCUCAAAGCCGUUUUCCUCGGUCGUUCAAUACGCGCGCGCGCGAAACGAAUCGACUUCGUUCCAUAGUAUCGUCACAGUUCUCGUCGGAGACGUUCGUGAUUUUGCACCCUUGUUCAAGUCACAAUUUAUCGAACUAUAUGACGAGGGUACACCACGGUUUCCUUUCUUAUUUUCCUUCAUCUCUAUUUCUAUCUUCGCCUUUCUUUCCCUCCAGUUCUCUUUCAUUUACUAAAUCCUUCGUUUUCUUCGCUGCCUCCUUUCUCUUUACGUUCGUUUCUCUCGUUAUAUUUAUAUACGUGUUAAUUUCUAUCCUAAUCCCAUCCCAUCCCAUCGUUUCGAUUUUAACACAUAAUAUCGCGUUCCCCUCGGCUCGUUACUCGCAAAUUUAUGUGCCUGAUUCUUUCUUCCUCCUUAUCCCAUUGGUCGACACAUCGUUAUCAUCUCAUUUAAACCCAAUUUGGAACGCUAUUCAGAGCUCAAGCUUUGAAUCUCCUUGGAUAAAGCAAAUGGUAAAUAUGAUUCGCGAGUGUCAUACGUUACUGGAGUGACCAGUAAUCAACAGACUGGGUUUUACGUCAUUCCUUGUUGUUGUCCUAUCUUGUUAUUCGGCAUUGUUUUCUAUUCGCGAUGCGAUCAACCACGGGAUCGUGUGUGAACGAUAUCCAGGAGACGACGUCGCAGGCCAGGCCGGAUUAGGGGUACAUCGAUCAUCAAGAUAUCAAGGAAAAAUCACGCAACGUCUCUUUCGAGUAUACUCUAAUACUUCCCUUCUCCUUCCUUGUUUUUCCUUACUGUCCCUCGUUUCCCGGUUUCCAACCAUUUGACCGACUCUUCAUCCUUCCUCCCUUUCUUUUCAUUAUUUCUGUUUCUCUUGCUUUCGUUCUCCUUCUUGACUUUUUUUACCGCUUGGUGGUGAAACGCGCCGCAGUGGCACGAUCGUCAUCGACGAAAAAAGAAGAAUCUAUAUACUGUACCGCGACACACAUACGAGUUCGCGCUCAGUCAAUAGCAGCUGCAUCCUUUGAAAUUUCAAAAGAAGUACAAACACAAGAGCAUAUCCACGAGUGCGAAACGAACGCAUCGUGAUCGAAUACCAGAUACGACCGGCGAUCAAACUAGCGGAGAAGAAACUGCUGCCUUCCAGCCUGCCGUAAUACGGUGGUGCUACGACGAUAUCGAGAAGCAGGCCCAGUCGGCGGUCAAACAGUAUUAUGCGUAUUCUACGCUUUUGUUUAUUAUCGAGGGAAGAGAUUCUUAUGGAUGAACAUGCACGAGCUGUCGAGUCGCGAAGGUGAAAAAGAAUAGAACGGAAACGCGAUAAGCUGUACGUAGGAACCGCAACGAUGAAAGGUACACAUUUCGGUGAGCCGAGGAACCAAAGAUUCCAAUGAUACCUUCGCAAGGUGGCCGUGAGGGAUACAAAGGUUCUGCCAACCCUCCGAGCAACGGCUCUGAGGACAAUGGCUUCGCUAAUCGACCCCGAGUGGCGGGCCUUUACGCGACGAAUCUCUUCAGAGAAGAGCUCGUUCGAUUCUCGUCAGGAGAGACUACUCGAUCUCAUGGUCUCACGCGAGAUACUCUCGAAAGAUCGUCACGAGAGAUUGGAAGCCAGAGAAGUUUAAAUCUCCCUACGGGCAUAGCCGAGGAAUUCGAGCUUUUGGAUCGGUCAAGAGUCGGGAUUUCGAGAACACCCCAGCCAUUAAGGAGAGGAGAGACGGACGCUGCUCGUUACGAACCUAGAUCCAGAUUCAAUGAAUCCGCCACCAGACAAAGGGAUCAUUAUGGAUCGCCACCUGUCGAAAGGAUUCGCGAUAGGGAGGACGAGCAACAGGAAGAAUGCAUUGCUCGAUCCGCGUGCAGUACCCUUCGUGUGUCUCUCCUUGAGUUUCCGCGCUCCGAGCAGACGACGUGGAUGGAGUCGGACGUUGGUGAUUCUAAGAUACCUGUUUCAACCGAUGAUCUCGCUGGGAGAAGAGGACCAGAUGACAGUUCGAUGUUCGUUACAACUUCCGCCUCGAUACUUAUUUCUCCCGCGAGUGAGACCAGCGAAUGCGAUGCAAUCUCGCCUCCGGAAGUGGAGAAAUCAUCACCGCCACCGUAUACGGGCCUCAGUCCGCCGGAGUACACCGGCCAAGAGUACGAGACCAGUGAAACGCCUUCGCCGAUUUUUCCAAAUUAUCCACUGACGUCGUACGCGGAAGAGACACAUCACAGACGUUCGAGGUCGUCCGUUUCGGACGCCGGGCUUGAAUUCAUUGCACACGACGAACGUUUAAAACGUGAUAGCCGAUUCGAGUCGGAGCCGGAGGAAGCUUUGGCGGAAGAGAUUGGCAGAUCGAGGCGAACCAGAUCGAAUUUAGAAAGGUCUACGGACGACGAUGUCUCGAGAUCUAGAGAUGUCGCGAGGCUGCGACCUCCCUUGGCCGCAGCAGCGGGUGUUUCGGCCGAUUCUGGGACCGGUGAUUCUGGAAGUGCGGAGAUCCAAGUGGAUCCCCUCGGCAUUCCCAGAACAACGACCACUGGUGAAAUUCUAGAUGGAAGGAACGGAGUUGAGAACGGCCAAGCCGCUAGUAAGUCGUCCAUUAAAACUCCCACCGGGAACAAUAAGCAAACGGUGAAACUCUUCACAAAGGAAAGUCUCGACAGGUUGGAAAACAAGACCGUACAGCUCGUCAGAGAUUAUGGCUUUCAGCCGAAACGACGAAUGUCGGUCGAAGAUGGUGCGGUGCUUCCAAACAAAUUCGAACCUUUCCCAACUGAGCUUUACGGUAGGCCACUCGAGGAGAUUGACAACUUUAUCUACGACGAGACAUUCUGCGUGGUAUCGAAGAGAUUUCGUAAAAAUUACAUUCACCGAUUCACGGCGACAAACAGCUGGUUCAUAUUUUCCCCGUGGAAUCCUAUAAGGCGGUAUUGUAUUUACCUAAGCACGAAUCAGUACUUCGAUUAUAUAGUCAUGGCUACGAUAAUAUUAAAUUGUGCCUUCCUCGCCAUGACGGAAACUAUCGAGGAAGCCGAAUAUAUAUUCUUAGCUAUAUACACGGCCGAAAUGGUGAUCAAAUCGAUAGCCAAGGGAUUUGCGCUCAAUAAAUACACUUACCUGCGAAAUCCGUGGAACUGGUUGGAUUUCGUGGUGAUCACCAGUGGUUAUGCGACUAUUGGAAUGGAAGUAGGAAAUUUGGCUGGGUUGAGAACAUUCCGAGUAUUGAGAGCCCUCAAAACCGUUUCCAUUAUGCCUGGCUUAAAAACCAUCAUCAAUGCAUUGUUACAUAGUUUUAAGCAACUUGCCGAAGUAAUGACGCUCACGAUCUUCUGCCUGAUGGUUUUUGCACUUUUUGCUCUACAAGUUUACAUGGGUGAACUUCGGAAUAAAUGCGUAAAAAAUGUGGAGUUCAAUAAUACUCAAGUCGAUUGGAGAGAGUGGACUUGGAACUCGUCCAACUGGGCAUUCGAUGAAGACGAAGAACCAAUAAUUUGCGGUAACGCAACCGGCGCCAGGCACUGCAACGAAAGUUACAUCUGUCUUUGUGUUGGCCCAAAUCCAAACCAUGGAUAUACAAAUUUCGACAACUUUCUGUGGUCGAUGCUCACCACGUUUCAACUGAUUACUCUGGAUUAUUGGGAAGACGUCUAUAAUAAGGUAUUGUCGGCGUGCGGACCUAUCAGCGUCUCGUUCUUCACGGUGGUCGUGUUUUUUGGCUCGUUUUAUUUGAUCAAUUUGAUGCUCGCUGUCGUUGCGCUGAGCUAUGAGGAGGAAGCCGAAAUUACGAACGAGGAACGAAGAAAGGACUUAACCGACCAUCGCGAGGACUCGACGUUUAGUUUCGACCCGACAAAAAUCAAUGUGAAGACGCUUGCCAAAGAAAAGCAAAAGAAAUUAGACGCGAGGAAAGGAGUUCUCCUAAGUAGUUACACGCGCAAAAAAACACGAAGAAGAAGACGUGGGAGAAGCACUGGUCAAGAUAAAGGUGGCUGUGUGCCAAGCAGAUCGGUGACACCAAGCCCGAGCCCAAGUCCAAGACAUUCGAACGUUCGACCGUCUCACUUACUUUUACAAAAUAUUAGCCCACGAACUGUAGAGAAUAACGGGGUUCAUAGAUUGGCGCCAAAUCGUGGAAUGCUUCAUUCUCGACAAGCAAGUAACAACAGUAAUCAACACUCGUCGUUAGACGACUCAGGCGUUGUCGACGACCACGAUGGCGACGAUGUCACAUCCGUAGAAGAACACGACAGGCGUGAUAACAAAGAAUCUAGGACCCAUUGGCAAGAGAGGAUAUCUACGAAUAAUAACGCCGAUGGCAAUGCUGAAACUAAUGCGGGUGAAACGAAAAAUGAAACGAAUAACGAGACAGAAGUGGACAAUGAAAGAGAAAAAUCACAGGCAACUCAUUCCGGCGGAUAUCUUCGAGCGCCUACGAACGUUCCAGUUUCUCUUGCCAGCGGAACUACUAGAGAAAUUCGAGUGUUUAAAUGCAACGGCGUGAAAACAAAGAAACAGAUGUACACCUUGCCGCCAGAGUAUCUAUCGCACAUUGUUAUUUUAGAUGAUCUUCCCGAUAGAAAUUGUGAAAGGUGUAUCCAAUGCUGUAUAGAUUACGAGGGUUGGCUACGAUUUCAGAAUUGCUUGUACAAGGUAGUGAGAGAUCCACUAUUCGAGUUGACGAUCACAUUGUGCAUCGUUCUGAACACUGGUUUUCUGGCAAUGGAACACCACGGAAUGAGCGAGUCGAUUCGACAGGCGCUCAACAUCGGUAAUAAAGUGUUUACCAGUAUCUUCACCUUCGAAUGUUUGCUGAAACUGUUGGCGCUGAGUAAAGAUUUUUUCGCCAACGGAUGGAACAAUUUCGAUUUGAUAAUAGUGUCAGCGUCUCUGAUAGAUCUUACCUUCGAACUGGUAGACGGCCUGUCCGUGAUACGCGGACUGAGACUUCUGCGUGUGUUAAAGCUGGCACAAUCCUGGACGACGAUGAAGGUUCUUCUCAGUAUUAUUAUUUCAACGAUCGGCGCCCUUGGAAAUCUCACCUUAGUUUUGGUGAUCGUGAUUUAUAUAUUUGCCGUGAUCGGCAUGCAAUUAUUCAGUAAAGACUACACUUUGGACAAAUUUUACCCAGAUCCGGUUCCACGGUGGAACUUUAACGAUUUCUUUCACUCGUUCAUGAUGAUAUUUCGUAUAUUAUGUGGAGAAUGGAUCGAGCCCCUGUGGGACUGCAUGCGAGCAGAAGAAGAAGACGGGCCCGAGGCUUGUUUCGCCAUAUUUUUGCCAGCUCUCGUAAUGGGUAAUUUCAUGGUGUUGAAUCUUUUUCUUGCUUUGCUGCUCAACAGCUUUAAUUCGGAGGAAUUGAAACAGAAAAAGGAGGAAGUCGGCGAUGACUCGAAACUCGCAAGAUCGUUCGAUCGUAUCCGUUCGAUUAUACGGAAGAAUAAAUGUUCGCGCUUGUCUCAAGCUGUCGCUAAAGGGAAAGGGAAGGAUGCUCGUUUCGAAAAAAUCGUGCGACGCGUAAUAGAUCGGUCUGACAACGAGACUAAAUACGCUAUUCAAGAGACUGUACUCAGCCUUCCAAAAGAUAACGUUUACAAUAGAUCUUAUCAAGAAAGUUUAAAUCAGCCCGUUUUUUCUUACGAUCCAAUGUACUCUCAGUCUCAAACGGAAGAACAAAGAUGCGGACAAAGGGAGAAGGAAGAAGAGAAGGACGCCUUGCCAGACGACGAAAACAAUUAUUCGAGCAAGGAAAAAGAGAUUGAGGCAAACGAAGGCAAAGAGGAGGAAUGUCAAGAAGUCGAUGUCGUGAGAGACUCUUCGUCUUCGAACAAAGCACCAAUUGAAGAAAGAGUCGCGAUGCUACCUCAGAUAGAUCCGUUUCCUAGAACCGAGGAUCGGGUACCAAAACGACCUUGGCACGCGCUUGUCAGCUACGUCGAUGAACUGACUGUUGGCGGUAGGAGAGAUAGUAAAGGAAAAUACAUCGAUGGUAUGGGUUCUUUUCCUGGAUUUGGAAGAAGCAACCGACGCAAAGAACCGCAAGAUUGCUUUCCACGACAGUGUUAUCAGAAGUGUACCUGCAUCGACCGGUGUAUUGCAACAGCUAUCGGCAAAAAAUGGAUCAGAAUGCGAACAGUGAUUCUUUCAGUCGUUGACACGCCUGCCUUCGAAUGGAUGAUCCUAGUUUUCAUUUUUGCAUCCUCCAUAACUCUUUGUUUCGAAGAUAUUUAUCUAGAUGAUAACCCUUUCUUGAAGAAAAUCCUCUAUUGGACCAAUCUUGGCUUCUGCGCGCUUUUCAGCAUUGAGAUGUUACUCAAGUGGUUAGCUCUGGGUUUCUGCAAAUAUUUCACCAGUUUUUGGACAAUCUUGGAUUUUAUAAUUGUCUUUGUAUCAACAUUUAGUCUGUUGAUAGAAGAAAACGAAAAUUUAAAAGUGCUAAGAUCUCUAAGAACCUUGAGAGCACUGAGACCAUUAAGGGCGAUAUCGAGAUGGCAAGGCAUGAGGAUCGUAGUGAACGCGUUGAUGUAUGCGAUACCUAGUAUAUUCAACGUGCUCCUCGUCUGUCUCGUGUUCUGGCUGAUAUUUUCUAUUAUGGGUGUACAAUUUUUCGGCGGCAAGUUUUUCAAAUGCGUUGACGAGUACGGCGAAUUAUUAGAUAUAUCAAUUGUAAACACGAAAGACGACUGUCUGAGGAAAAAUUACUCUUGGGAAAAUAGUAAAAUUACGUUUGAUCACGUCGGAAUAGCUUAUCUAGCUCUGUUCCAAGUAGCCACAUUCGAAGGGUGGAUGGAGGUGAUGCAGGAUGCAGUAGACGCAAGAGGUGUAGAUCUUCAGCCUCAAAGAGAAGCAAACAUCUACGCAUAUUUCUACUUUGUGAUAUUUAUCGUUUGUGGCUCCUUUUUUACACUAAACCUCUUUAUCGGAGUAAUUAUAGACAACUUUAAUAUGUUGAAGAAAAAGUACGAAGGUGGGGUGCUAGAAAUGUUUUUGACCGAAAGUCAAAAGCACUACUACACUGCCAUGAAAAAGCUUGGCCGUAAAAAGCCACAAAAAGUGAUAAAGCGUCCGAUGAAUCAAAUCCUCGCAAUGUUUUACGACCUAUCGAAUUCACGCAGAUUUGAAAUAGCAAUUUUCAUUUUGAUAUUCCUCAACAUGCUGACAAUGGGAAUCGAGCAUUACGAUCAGCCUCAUCCAAUCUUCUUCGUUCUCGAAGUGUCCAACGCAUUUUUCACGACCGUUUUCGGAUUAGAGGCAAUCGUGAAAAUAAUUGGGCUUCGAUAUCACUAUUUCACGGUGCCAUGGAACUUGUUCGAUUUCCUCCUCGUGCUGGCAUCCAUAUUAGGAAUAUUGAUGGAGGAUAUUAUGGUAGACUUUCCGGUGUCUCCGACGCUCCUGCGAGUCGUGAGAGUGUUCAGAAUCGGUCGAAUCUUAAGGCUCAUAAAGGCAGCCAAAGGUAUUCGUAAACUGCUCUUCGCUCUGGUGGUUAGUCUUCCGGCGCUGUUCAACAUCGGUGCCCUGUUAGCUCUAAUUACUUUUAUUUAUGCCAUUAUCGGCAUGUCAGUCUUUGGUCAUGUUAAAAAGCAAGGCGCGCUCGAUGAUAUGGUAAAUUUCGAAACUUUUGGUAGAAGCAUGCAAUUACUGUUUCGAUUAAUGACAUCGGCCGGUUGGAAUGAUGUGUUAGAGUCUUUGAUGGUACAACCACCGGAUUGCGAUCCGACUCCGACUAGUCGACAAAUGAAUGGAAAUUGCGGAUAUCCUCUCUUGGCAAUAACAUAUUUUACUUCUUUCAUCAUAAUCAGCUAUAUGAUAGUUAUCAAUAUGUACAUUGCUAUUAUCCUCGAGAAUUUUAAUCAGGCCCAUCAGGAAGAAGAGAUUGGUAUCGUCGAAGAUGAUUUAGAAAUGUUUUACAUACGAUGGUCCAAGUAUGAUCCGCACGCGACACAGUUCAUAAAUUUCUCGCAAUUAAGCGAUUUCAUAGCAAGCCUGGAUCCACCGUUAGGAAUUUCGAAACCAAAUAUGGUCGCGUUGGUUAGCUUUAAUCUUCCUAUCGCAAAGGGUAAUAAGAUUCAUUGUCUGGACAUUCUGCACGCACUUGUCAAGCACGUCCUUGGACACGUAGAGGAGUCUGAAGAUUUCCGAAAGCUACAGGAACAGAUGGAUAUCAAGUUUAAGAAACAAUUUCCUACGCGCAAAGAACUUGAGAUUGUUUCUUCGACGAGAAUGUGGAAACGUCAAGAUAAAGCAGCUAGGCUGAUUCAACGUACUAUCAGGGAAUUUAUAACGGCAAAAAAGGAACGUGAAAGGAUGGCUCAAGAAGUAGACUCGCAGACUCAAACGUCGAGUCCUGGUGGUGGGAAUGAGGGUAGGGGCGGGGGUGGAUGGAGUGGCAAAGUAUCGGCAUUUCUACAUGUGCAUAGAGGUAGCCGAGCCAGUAGUCGCAAGUCCUCGAGGGCCAGCGACGCCAGCGAUUUCAGCGAGCUCGGUACAGCUUCGGCAUGGCUUUUUCCAAACUUACCUCUGCUGUUGCUCUCCGGCGCCACCGGUACUCACGAGGACCUGCCUCCUCCCGCUCUGACCGUAUCCCGUCCCUCGCCGACUACAGAACAACAAUCGUUUACCGGGUCCUCUGCUACUUCUGCUAUUUCCUCUGAUCUACACAUUAGAUCAAUCGGGGGUCCGACUCUCGGCCGGCAGAAUGCCGUUGAAAGUUAUCCCGAUGAGGAAGUCCCCAGUCUUCCUACGAAGCGCAGAUCACUUCCGCCAAGCGCUACAACACUCUCUCUAAAUACCUUACAUCGUGACAUCAAAGAAGCGUUUAGCAGACGUUGCGGUAGCCUCCGGAAGAAACAUCAACCAGCACCAGAACCAGCUCCGCUGCCAAUCGAAUCUACCGAUGUAAGCAUACUUGUUACAGAACCCAGUCCAGAGAAUUCAGCACCGCCUACAAGACCGGCACUACUUAGACGACAAUCCGCCGCCACGGUAGUUCACGUUCUCGUUCACAGAGAGAGUGAAGAAUAUCGAGAUACACAACCCGACAAUGCCAGUUGAUCUUAGAUCGUUAUGCUUGACAUCCUUCCGAAAUCAGUUUAAACGAGAGGCUAGGCUGAAAGCCACCGAAAUUUUGCUUCUUAUCGCGUUACAGUGACCUCAAGAUUCGAAUCUCAUCCGAUUCCCUCUCCUCUCCCCCUUUCUUUGACGCUGUUGCCUUAACAUCAUUACCAUCAAAUGUUCUUACUAUUUCAUUAUAAUAUGUACAUUUGAGAAGUCUCAAUGAAAUUAUUUCCUAACAAUUACAAUAGUAAUAACUUUAUAAAAAUAUUUAUUCCGAUAAUUAGAUCUUCUUGUAAACACAGUACAAUUUUUCUUUUACAAAAGCUAUUCUAACGAUACUUUUGAUCCUAAUGAAUAAUAGUAGCCUAUUUUUAGUAAUCAAUUUAUCGCGACGAGCUUAAAUCUUUUUCUUAUGCAGUAGAAACAGUGAUAGCUGGAAUAUAUAUAGUUGAGGUAGUUUAAUUGACUCGAUAUUACACGAAACUCACAUUUCUUCUACCAUAAUUAAGGGUGAUUGGACCAAUUUAGUGAAAUAUAUUUAAAUUCCGAUCCCUUCUUCAAGUUAAAUCAUUGAUACGGUCUACUCGUUAUAAAGAGGAAUGAAUAAUAAUUACGUGGACAAAAGAAUAAUACUGCCUUAAAUAGCAUAGAUUUUUCAUUUGUAUAAUUAUUUUGAAGAAAGAAACAAAAAGGACAAAAAAGAGAGGGAAAGAGAAGAUGGAAGAAGGAAAACCAAACGGGAAUUUUUAAAGAAGAUUGUACACUUAGCCAAGUAGUUGUUUUUCUUUACACAUUUAAGGAAACGUAGAAUACUAGUACCGCCACUAAUUUUGUAUAAUAUCAGACAUCAUAAAUAAUAGCAUUUAUAGAACGUAAACGUAUGUGAUGUUUGUCUUAUUCAGAAUUAUCAAGGAAAUUGCGAUAUUCCUAAUAAGUAAUAAGAUCACAUGCUUAUCGCUAAUUUAGAAUUAAUAAUAUUUCUUUGUUUUCGUUCCAUAUUUGUUAGAAAGAAAGACUUUCUCUUCUGGACACGUUAUAGCAUUCAAGUAAUGAAUCGGAUAUUCACUACGCUAAUGAUCGAUAUUUAGCUUUCCGUAUAUGUAUAUAUGUGCUAACUUUAUAAUCAAUGUUAUCUCUUCGAGAAUAUCGGAGAAAAUGUAACGAUAUUUUCUUUUAUGUUGAAAUCAAAUAACUAACAAAGAGGAACAAUAAUGUUCUAAUUAAGCGAAAUUAAAAUUUGGUGCAUUUUAACCAGCUUGGAGUACCAAUUCCAAUAUACAGUACAAUUUUGUAACUUAUUUUAUAAUAUUAUAAUUAGCCAUAUAUGUAUAUAUAUGUAUGUAUGUAUAUAUAUAUAUAUAUACAUAUAUAUAUAUAUACACGCGGAAAACCUGAUAUCGAUCAUUGAUAAUCAACGGAAUAGUAAAUUUAUCAAGAAUCUGUUAAUAUGUAUGGAAAUCGAACAAUGCCCAGAAAGGAUGGCUCUCUCUCUCCUCUAACGUUCUUCAUAGCAUUAUUUUGAAAUAAAAUGCAUUAAUAUGUUACAUUGCACGUAUAAUUAUACUUACAUAUCGCACGGUAUCUAUUGCUCAAAAAAGAAAGAAAAAAGGAAAAAACGAAGAAAUCAUAAUGAAUUUAAACGUUACUUUCAAAUUCAUAUUGAUUUCUACAUUGACAUAAUAUACAGUAUGUUCUGUUUAGCUGAGAACACUCGAAUAUCUAGAAAAAUACAAAUGAUACGAAAAAAUGUUUUAGACAAAAGCUGUAUGGUAUCGAAGGGAACAUACUGUGCUUUUAUGUGUUUGACCUUGCAAUGACUUAAAAACGUCUUGUAAAGACGAUAUUAAGAUUUUUUAAUGGAUAUCUCCAUUUUUCAUUACAUAUUCUCGUAACUGAUAUUCAGAUGUUUACAAGACACUACAAGCUUAUGGCUUUCGCAUCACCCGUUAUCGAGAUAUAAACUUUCAAAUUCGGCAGAUCAACAUUGAAUUUUUAAGUUCAUAUUUUGAUGGCAAAUGGUGCUAAAGACACGAGUUUGUAAUCUCUUGAAGACGUUCUGAAUAUCAGCUACAAGAAUAUUUAAUAAAAAAUAGAAAUAGCCGUUAAAAAAUUUUAAUCCAUUUUUACAGGAUGAUCCAAGGUCGUCGCAAGGUGAAAUAGAUAAAAGCACAAAUAAAUAAUGUCUCCCUUGAUACCAUACACUUUUUUGUAUCAUUUCCAUUUAUCCAGAUAUUUGAGCGUUUCUAGUUAAACAGGGCAUACUGUAUGUAUUGCUUUUCUUUCCAUUUUCUAUAUAAUUAAGAAACAACAAAUCAAGAGCAAGCCAGUAAAUAUCGCUACAUACAGUAUGUCAAGUACAAGAAAGGACAGUAUUAUAGAUAUCUUUGUUUUUUUGUUUAUUUCAUUCAACUAAUUAUAAAACGAAAAAGGUUUAUGUAAACCUAACGAUGUAUUCUUGUUUUCGAAGAGAAAUCUUAUAAGUUUAAUAAUUAACAAAUUGAGAAUAUAAACGAAUAAGGUAAAAUUUCUACAUAUUUAGAACAAUGAUACAAUUUGUUUUUAUAAUUUUAUUGAAAUUCGUGAAACUGAAUUUAUCAAUGAAUUUAUACCAAUCUAGAAAGAAUUAUUUUCUUUUCCGGAUAAAAUCGUAUAAAUAAUAAACAGUAUAAACAGUUUUUUCCUUUUUAACUAUUAAAGACUAUUAUAUUUAGAACUGUACUUUGUAUGAAAGAAAUUUUUAAAUCUUCGACGAUGAGUAUUAUAGAUAUCGCUCAUUUACUACACAACAAGGACAUCACUUGAAUAACUUGAAUUAUUGAUACAGAAAAAGCAAUUGUUCCUUGUAUGUACCACUUUUGGAGUUUUAUAAAUUAACUUCAAAAGUUCACCACGUCAGGGCAACAGUUAUCCGCUGUUAUUUAUACUAAUAGCUAUCGCUGUUGCAUCAUCAUGAAACUAUAAAAGUUUAAAACAUUCAAACUCGUUUACGCUAAAAUCGUGAUUUUUCUGUUAUGUUAUUGUUGCAGCAAAUGAGCGAUAUGUAAUGUAUACAUAUGUAUAUAUACGUGUAUCAUAUAAUGUUGUAUGUAUAUAUAUGUACACGUAUAAAUAUAAAAUUAAUAUGUAUAAAAAUAAUUUUUUAUUUUAUUUUUUCUUUGUUAUGCUAAAUUUGUGUGACAAAAUCAUAGAAAACUAUGUCAUCUAACAUCUGUACAAUAUGAAACUAAAAAUUAAGAAAUAUUUAAUGACAGAAAGGGAGAGAGGUAGGAAAGAGCGGAAGAAAGAAAUGGGGAAGAGAAUUUUAAAAAUAGAUUCACAUAGAGAAAGGAACAACGAAUUUUGUAGUAAUUAGUUACAUUUUUAGCGUAACCUUAUUGGAUCAUCUUCAUUUAUUUAUUUGUUUAUUUAAUAUUCAAAUCCCUAAAAUUAAAAACGUCACACAAUUUAUUGAUUCUUAUAACAAUAGACGUUCACGUUAACAUUUUCAUAUUUUCCUUUCACAAAUUAAACGUUGCCAUUAACACGUCACGACCUCUCGUGGACCUAUAGUGCCUAUUGUUAGAAAACGAUUGCGAGUUAAUAUAAUAUGUAUACAAAAAUAUAAACAUGUAUAUUAGAUUUUCAUAUUACAAAGCGUUCGUACAUGAAAACUGUACGAGCUAAAUUUACGUAAAAAUCUCUCGUUAGAACGUACAACGUACGUUACUUUUAGAGUUUAGCAUUUAAUGCUUAAUGCUUGAUAAAUCUGUUUCUUCGCGCGUUGACUAUAAGACAUAGUUAUUAAGUAUUAAGGAUCACUGAGAAAAAGGUCGAUAAGUAAACCAGACAGGAAGAUAAGAUUAAAGAUAAAAAUUUAAUAUUUCGAAAAUAUAAUUUAAUUCGAAAAUGUGAUCUUUCCAAGACACGCAUUGUAAAGCUAUGUAUCAUGUCAAUUAAAGGCAUAAAUUAUACUGUAUGUUAUUCAUAAUUGGCGCCUAUACGCGCGAUACGUCUAGAUACUACAUACAAUAUUAUAAAUAUAUCAAAAAAAUAAGAGACUGGACAUAACACGCGACUAUCUUAAAACUAACGGAUAGUAAAAUUCCAAAAAAUUGUACAAUCACGCUCGGAUAUCCACCAGGGGUCCGAAAUUAUUUAGAUUAUAAACUUUUCUGCGUGUCUGCGUGCUGCGUGCGUGUGUGUGAACAAAAUUCGAUAAAACAACACCUGCUCAAACCUAUACAUAUUUAAAUACACCGUCAGGAUGCACUAACCUAACUAUAAAUUAUUAUUGCAACUAUCAGCUUUUUCUUUCGACGCUGGAACGUGCGAUCGAUCGUACAAUUCAUUGUUAAUUCCAAUUAGUUUAACGUUUCUCACAUUUUUUUAUAUAAAAAAGACAGGAAAAUGCAUCAAGGUGACAAUAUUGUUCACACUAUACAAUGAAACAACAACAAAAAUCGAAUGUUCUUUCAUUCGAACGAAAAGAAAAAAACGUAUAGUUAUGAGAAAUCUUUUAAGUAAUAAUGUUAAAACGAGAGAUACCCAUUAGUACAGGGUUAAUGACAAUCGAGGUCUUGAAGGAAAAUUGCUUUUUUCUAUUCCUCCACCAUUUUACGCAAUUUACUUUGAAAAAACUUAGCAUAACUAUUUCAAAAUAAUCAAUAUCGUUUACUCUUAACAGUCAAUACUCUAUUGUUAAUAAAUGAUAAUCUCAAUUUAUUACAAAAUUAAAAUUAUAACGCUGUUAGGAAUUCGCUAUAGAUGAAAGAGUAUAGAUCAUGUUCUAACAUUCAACAAUGAUGGAGAUAUGACAGAAUAUAAAGAUAAAGAUUAGGCGGAAGGGGGGACGAAGAAGCAAGCAAACAGACAGAGCAGAAAAUUCUGUACUAGUGUUGUAAUGAUUCAUCAGAAAAAAAUUAAAAAAAGAGCAGUAAAACGUUCCUUUAGAUCAAACUUGCAAAUAGUAUAAUGAUCCUUUAGUUUGCAAAAAUGACUGUUUUGUCAUUUAAAUUUAUAAACAAAGACUCGAGCAUUGUUCUUCCAUAUAUAUAUAUAUAUAUAUAUAUAUAUAUAUUAGUUCCAGUUAAAUUUUAUGUAAAUUUCUAUUUUCUUAUUUGUUUUACAAACUCAUUAGUAAUAUUACACUAUGCAUUUCAAUUUAGUAUGCUUUUAAAUCAUAUUUGGCAUAUAUUUAAGUCAUACUUUUGUAUCUAAAUCAAGUUUCUUCUCUGAACUUCUAACAUGUAUAAUAUAUUUGUACAAAUGUACUUCCUCUUUAUAAUAUUAACAAUGCUCGAUAUAGUUUAUAAGCUAAUACGAGCAAAUACUGAAUUUUGAAAUACAGUCUAAUCAAAUCUGACAUUAUAACACAAAUGCUAACGAUACUAAUAAGAAACAGGUGAAUAAUAAGAAUGUUAACCAUGUAUGGAUGAUAUUAUAUAACUAUUGCUAAAAAAUAAAUUGUGGAGUUUAUCAUUGA